AUGUCCUGGCGGGUAGAGGACGUGUACUGUGAUCGGUCUAUCCUGCUGACGGGAUCGACGGGAUUUUUGGGAAAGGUGCUUGUUGAAAAAAUCCUAUGGGCUUUGCCAAAUGUUGGGCAGAUAUUCUUGCUGAUCCGCCCGGCCAAUGGUUUAUCACCGAAAGAGAGGCUCGAAAAGGUUUUGCAGGUAUGGCUUUGCCUAUACUUCUCCACACAAUUACUGAUAGAAAAUUUAUGA